AUGAAAUUGAUAGACGCAGCUAGACGGCUGGGGGCUGUGGAAGUUAUCAGUUUGAAGAAAGAAUUGCAGCAAAGAAUAACUUCACAACCUUUCGGCUACCUACUGGUUCUAGACUUUGAAGCAACUUGUUGGGGACAAAACGAAAAGACUAAGAGGUUACCCGAAAUAAUCGAGUUCCCUUGCGUUCUAUACAGCAUCGAGCGUGACUCCAUAGUCUCCGUUUUCCAGCAAUAUGUGAUGCCAGUGGAAAAUCCAAUGCUGACCAGCUUCUGUACUGAGUUGACUGGUAUACAGCAGAGCCAAGUAGACAGCGGUGUUCCUCUCCAAACCUGCCUGAUGCUAUUCAAAAAAUGGCUGGCAAAUAUCAAACUCGAGUUCCACCUUUCAUAUGAUCUUUCAGGCACCUCCAAAAACAAGUGCAUAUUCUCCACUUGGUCUGAUUGGGAUCUGGGUAUCUGCCUCAGGAAUGAGUGCAGGAGAAAGCGGAUUGCCAUUCCUGAUAUAUUCAAUGCUUGGAUAGAUGCUAGAGCAAUGUACAGGAAGCAUUAUUUGAGGAGACCCAAGGGGUUGCAUGGGGCCCUCUGCGAAGUGGGUUUGGAUUUUGAAGGACGGGAGCACUGUGGGCUAGACGAUGCUAGAAAUACUGCAAAGUUGAUUGGGAAGAUGAUUGCUGAUGGGGUGUUACUUGAAUGUACAAAAAAUUUAUCCAUAAAAAGUGGGAAGUGA